UGGCUGCGCUCUAUCGGCGGAACCAAUCGACAGAUCGAUGAACAGUCAGUUGUAGUUGGAUUUGUUUGUCUCUUGCAGGGGAGCUAUGCCUCGAAGUGUACAAUGGAGAAGGACAGUCAGCGAUGCUUGCUGCUGGCAUCAAACGCAGGCUAUGGAUGCUACAAUUUACAUUCUCAGACAAACAGGCCCAACUGGAUUUUUACUUAAAGAAGAAGGGGAAAGAAAGACAGUGAAGGUUUUCCUUGGCGACCCUCAUACUUGCACUUGUCCUGUGUACAAAAAAGAGAGAGAUUUGUGUAAACACAUUUGCUGGCUGCUUCUAAGAAAGUUUAGAUUAUCUGUAAAUGAUCCAUUGUCAUGGCAACUCGGUCUAGUGGAUAUUGAAGUAAAUGAAAUUCUGCGAGGUCGAGUCACUGCAGAUCAGCACAGAACUCGCCAAGCAAACAACAAUAAAAAAGUUGUUGAGUCGGCAGAUGGCCGGUCUGUUGUAGAACAGAGAGAGAUUGCUGAGGAUGAUGUCUGUCCCAUUUGUCAAGACGAAUUUAUGACGAAGAAGUUGCCCGUGACUUAUUGCAAAUUUGGUUGUGGAAACAGUGUCCACAUCAAAUGUAUGCAGGUAUGGGCAGAGCAUCAGCAGAAAACAUCUCAAGAGGGCACGAUAAAAUGCCCUAUGUGUCGUGAAGAUUUUGGACCUAUCGAUCUUCUCAAGGCUGAAAUGAGAAAUGCAGGCUGUCCACCACAAGCUCCACCAGGGAUCCGCAUGGACAGACAUGUUGGAAUGGCUUGUGGUCAUUGUAGCAGGGCUCCAAUAGAAGGAAAAUGCUACAGAUGUACAGUUUGCCCUACUUUUCAUAUGUGCCAAAGGUGCUUCAAUUUACCAGUCCACACACACCAUUCCUUUCAGUUUCGACAUAAACGUAACCAAAGAUGGCGGGCUGCAGCUCGUACACUGGGGAGUAGUUUGCCACCUGCUAUUGUGAAUGAAUUGCAGCACAGAGAUAUAACAGAAAAUGACUACGACUUGCUGAUGCAGAUGGAUAGGCAUGGCCAGGAGGAACUGAGUAACUUGUCAGAGGAUGCCCUCAAUGCUAUUCCCCUUGAGCGUGUGAGAGAUGGCAGCUCACUCUUGGCACCUGGCUCCCAGUGUCGAGUGUGUCUCAGAGGCUUCACCGUUGGACAGUUUGUACGGAAACUACCAUGUAGGCAUAAGUUUCACAAAGACUGCAUUGACAGUUGGCUUCUACAUUCUCAUCCAAACUGUCCUAUAGAUGGAAUUGUAGUUGCUAGUGUUGCUACUGGCAACAGGUCACAAAGGUCAGAGGCGGAGGUCACUGAUGUGAACGAGAUGGGACCAGAGGUGGAGCAGGCCCAUGCUGAUAACGGUUUGGCUUUAACAGCUUUUGGCAUACCCAUGGCUGCAUCCAGGUUGAGGGAUGGCUCGGGGAGAGGUAGAAAUGACACAAGACGCCGCCCACAUGGGAUACAGAGUGCAGUAGAACAUAUUGGUGUAGGUCCACAAGCUUUGCAACUACAACUGUGUGGAAGAAGAGUGAACAGCUUGGAGGAGAAUUCUGACAGCGAGAGACUUUCAGCCCCCCAGAAUGUCCCGGGAAGAAGGCUACUUCAACAAGCGAGUCAGCUGAGAGACAGGAUCACUCAACAGCUGCGCUCUGCUCACCAUGACCCAUCCGUGGCAGGGGCCGGGGACCAGCUCCUCACUCCCGCCGAUUUAAUUCAGUUCCUGGCCUCGGGAUCUUCUACCUUUGGAUCCAACGGCCAGACACCGGAAGCAGAUUUUGGUGUGACGCAUUUGGAAAGCCGAGGGAAUUCAGCUAGCUCGAUCACGUCCACUGUGUCAGAACUCGACAGUGUCCGGCAGGGACGUGGGAGGGCGCCAGGUUUCCGGUCCAAACGUACGCAGUUGUCGACGACCCUAAGGCAGAGGGCUGGAAGUCUGGAUCGCACAGGAGUGGCAUCUAUUCAAGCCAUCAGGAGGGGAUCACGUGACCUCUACCUAGGCAACGACCCACUACUCCAGCCGGCAACAUCAGAGCAACCGACCACCUUAGAGCUUCUCCAAGGGAGCCAGGCGCAACGAGGCAGACCCAAGGUUUUCAAACCUACUUUCCGUGGUAUCCGCCGUCCCCUCAACCCAGGGCAAGCCCAGAGCCCUGACAACAGGGACCUACGCCUACAAGGAAGUGGUAUCGAUGGCAAUGAGGAAAACUAGUGAUGGAAAAUUUUGUCUUGACCAGUUUCUCUCGAUCACAGAAAUUGGAGGUGGACAUAGCUAGGCUAGUUGUUCUUGUUCUUGUUCUUGUUCAAGAGUUUUUGUUGUCGUUGUUGUUGUGGUUCUUGUUGUUAUCGUCGUCCCUUUGAGGUUUGACAGUCCACAAGAGGACAUUUAAAAAAAUCAUAUUGAAUGUGGACUACUUGGGUUUCCAUCAGGACUUAAACAGAGGAAUUGUUCUCAGAAGGCCCUUAUAAAAUAAUUUUGAAGUUAUACUGGUCGUUCUCUGAAUUUGUACGUGUUGCAGAAGGUUUGUGUGGGAGGUGGAAAAGGACAAAGUAGGGGAAUGCUGCGUCUGGAAUAUGUAUGGCGUGGGUUUUACUCACACGACCGCUGCGGUAGCCAUGACCACCAUCCCGGGUAACCCUGAAACGUCAUAGCCGAUGGCAUAUUUAUUGCUAAAGAAAAUCAUAGGAGAAAGAAACGGACGGACUGAAACGGAAAACGACCAGGAAAUGGAAAAGGACAACAAGAAAGAACGAGCACUUGGAAUGUUUGUGGAAUCAAAGACAAAGAGCCAGAAGUUAUUGACUUCAUAAAGAGAUGGAGAAUACAAGUUAUGGGAAUUUCAAACUGCAGAUGGAAGGGAACUGGAAUCAAACAGAUCCAUGAGGACUACGUCCUGAUUUCGAGUUGCGGGGAUGGGACAACUAGGGCGUGGUGCAAGUUUUAUUCUGUACCCGGAUACAGCAUAGAAUGUAUUGGAAACAGCGUUUAUCUCGGAGAGAAUCAUUAAAAUCCGAAUAAGGGGAGAACAAAAGAUCUCAAACUUCAUCCAAGCUUAUGCAACUUGCAAUGACUCCUACAGCGAAGAAAGAAAAGAGGAAUUCUAUGAGAAGAUUGCAGGCCCCAUAAGCACAGUCCCAGACAAGGAAGAACUUAUUGUCAUGGGAGAUUUCAAUGGGAGAGUGGGCAAGAGAAGAACGCCUUUGGACCAGUACCUUGGCCCACACAGCGACACUUACGAGUACAAUUACAACAGGAAACUGAUAGUAGCACUGUGUCUUGAAUACGAACUGUGGAUCACAAACACCUUUUACCAACACAGCCCCAGUCAGAAACAAACUUGGUACAUAUGGUAUGAUCUGAAUGUAUCAUCAAAGAUUGAUUUCAUCUUGACACGAAUAGAAGAAAGUGGAAGAGUCACAGACGCUAGAGUCUUCCUAAAUGCAGCCCUUGACACUGACCACAGUUAUCUUAUUUACAAAGUAGCGGAGUGAAAGAACGA